CUUUGCCACAUUAUUGGGCCGGGGGAUCCGAAUCCGAAUAUGCCGGGUUCAGCCACGAUCCGAAGAACUUCCUCCACCGAGUCAUUCACCACCACCGUCCCCGGCAGCCGCCACCUCCCUUCCUCCCACCGCUCCGUCCGCUCCACCGGCUCCCCCUCCGGCAAGUCCCCUUACUGGCAGGCCUGGAGCAACAUCAACAAGCUCGGCACCUUCAUCGUCCGCGGCGGCGGAGGAAGCGGCACCACUACAAAGUUGACGGACGCCAAUCCGUUGAAUGACGACCCGAACUAUCCGGCCAAGUUGACGGAGGCCAGGCUGGCGGCGCACAACCGCCAGGUGGCAAUCAACAACAACAACAAGUACAGCAGCCCUUACUACAAGGGACUCACCGACUCCUCGCUCGUCAUCAGCAGGGAGCGCCAGCACAGCUUCUACUCUCCUCCCCCCGCCGCCCAGGAGGACGAUGGCCGCCACGUGGCGGAGGAUGUCGUGGUGGUGACGUCGGCGGCACAGCUCCCUACUUUCGUCUCCAGGAUGAAGGAGUGGCGCCGCCGCCUCUCCUUCUCUUCCAAGAUGGAGAAUAAUGUGGAAGAGGAGCUCCCUCCACCGGCCUUAGCCCCGCCGGAGAUUGAGAGGGACGCUUGGACCUUUGUUGCGGUUGGCGCAGCGGAGGUGAAGCCCAUGAGGGAGAGAUUUGUGGUUCAUGUUGUUGAUGAUGAUGCAGCACUGCCGUCAUCGUCGACGAGAUUGCCCUUGGCGUCGCCGAGAGGAUACGUCGCCGUUGUGGAUAGUAGCGAUGAUGAGAGUGACGAGACUAGUAAUGAUGGUGAUGAGAGUAGUGUUGUUGUUGGUGGUGGUGGGAAUAAGGUGGCGGCGGCGGGGGUUGAUGAAAGGGAAUUGUUGUUCCGGUGGGCGAAUAAAUAUCGGCCUAGGGCUUUGAAAGACUUCAUCUGCAACCGUGACAAGGCUACUCACCUCCAGUCUAUUAUGGGGGAGGUGAAUUGCAAUCACUUCAUAUUCCAAGGCCCAGCUGGGGUCGGGAAGCGAACCAUGAUCUGGGCUAUGCUCCAAGAAGCUUUUGGGCCCGAAAGAGUCCAGGUAACCCUAACCCUAGCCCAUCUAUCGAUCAUAUUACACGAGGCAGACAAGCUAUCGGCCGACGGGGUUCUAUACAUAAAAUGGAUGUUGGAAAGGUACAAAGGGUUCAGCAAGUUUUUCUUCAGCUGCGGCGGCGAUGUCUCCAAGCUUCAGCCAAUCAGGAGGCUUUGCACCUUUGUUCAGCUUUUCCCACCAUCCCACCAAGAGCUUAAUGAAUGUGGGUGUGGCAGUUACCCGUUCAGCGAGGACCAAGUGAUAUUAACAGGAUGGGAGGACGAUAUUGCAAAUAUUGCUAAGAACAUCAUCCAGGAACAAAGCCCUAAACAGUUGUACAUCAUUCGUGGGAAGCUUCAGAAUCUGAUAGAGCACGAUGUAUCUCCUGAAUUCAUCUUUAUGUCGCUGAAGGAGGAACUGAAAAGCCGACUGGACGAAUCAUUUACGAGCCAAGUCGAUAAUUUAUACAAAGAUUACAACAGGAAUAACAGCAGCGGCAGCGGCGGCAAAAUAGACUGUGCAAACCAAUUCGGAGUUUCUUGGGGUCACCAGCUCGACGAAGUAGGCGGGAAGCAGCGGUGUGAUCCUGCAAGGCUCAGAGUUCAUCAAUUCAUGAGGAUUGAAGAGUUCAUAGCCAAAUUCAUGAGCUGCUACAAGUCAGCCAUGACAAACGGCACCACGGUGUCGAAGGAGAGUAGCGCAUAA